AUGGUUAUUACAGUACGACUCACGUAUGGUACAGAUGAGAAACGUCAGACAAUACUGCUGCAUCGGGGUUUACCAGUGUCAGCGUUGUCGAAUCGAAUGCUUGACAAAAUAGUCCAUCGUAAACGUGGAGGUGCUCGAAGUACCAAGAAAAAGACGACAAGGAAAGGAAAAUCUGUUGGGAAAGAAACUGAGAAAAGCGAUGAUGCUUCAACUCACAAAAUCACCGAGUAUUUUCCGCUUCGUCGAAGCAGUCGAAAAACGGAAAAGCAGCUUGAACAGGAGGAACGUGAUGCAAUGGCAAAUGCUAUUUUAACAGGUAGUAAUGAGGAAUUCCUUGAAAUUUUUGAGUGCGAAGAAAAAGGUCGUGGAAUUCGUACCUUGCGGAAUUUCCAAAAAAAUGAGUUUGUGGUCGAGUAUAAAGGUGAAAUAAUAGAUUUGAGGCUAGCAAGGAUUCGCGAACGAGAAUAUGCCAAAGAUGAUAGCAUUGGCUCAUUUAUGUAUUUUUUCAAAUAUCAAAAUAAGCAAUACUGUGUUGAUGCUACAGAUGAAACACCUUACAAAGGUCGUCUGAUAAAUCAUUCUGUGAUAAGACCGAAUCUCAAAACAAAAGUUAUCGAAUUGAAUGGAUCGAAACACUUGAUAUUGAUUGCUAAGCGAGACAUCGAUAUUGGUGAAGAAUUGCUAUAUGAUUAUGGAGAUCGAACACCUUGUACUGUUGCAGAAAAUCCAUGGCUGUUAAACUCGUGA